GAUGAAAUGUCUUCGGUAUUGGUCACAUGGCAAAACAACAUGGCGGAAGGAGAGGAAAACUUGAUGGUGGUGAUCGUAGACUGUAACCCAGUCUGGUGGGGCAGGAGACAACAACAACAGGCAGAGCCAUCCCAGAUUGUCCUGUCCCACUGUCUGGAUGCCAUCCAAGUGUUUGUCAACUCCUACCUGAUGCUGUCUCACAGGAACAGGGUAGCUGUCAUCGCCAGUCACACCAGUAAAACACAUUUUCUGUACCCUAAGAACGUUCCUGACCCCAGGUUAGACCAGAGGAGAGGGGAGGACGGGAGGUAUGAACAGUUCGCUACUGUAGACGACACUGUCGUGGAGGAGAUCAAACACUUAAUGACAUCAGAUACGACCAACAGUGAACUGAAGACAGACACACUUUUGGCCGGAUCGCUUGCAGUUGCCCUGUGCUACAUUCAUAGGUUAGAAAAGGAAUAUCAAGCUGGACAGCAACUGAAUUCCAGAGUUCUGGUGAUCAAGGCAGCAGAAGACAGCCCCUCACAGUACAUGAACCUCAUGAAUGUCAUCUUUACUGCACAGAAACAGAAUGUUGUCAUAGAUGCCUGUAUACUUGAUAAAGAGUCAGGAUUAUUGCAACAGGCCAGUGACAUCACAGGUGGGGUUUACCUGAAAAUACCACAGAUGUCAGGACUUCUGCAAUAUUUACUGUGGGUGUUUCUCCCUGACCUGUCUAUGCGUGAGGUGAUGGCCCUCCCACCUAAGGUCCAGGUAGACUACAGGGCAGCGUGUUUCUGUCACAGAACCCUCAUCGACGUAGGCUACGUCUGCUCUGUCUGUCUGUCCAUCUUCUGUUCUUUCAGUCCCAUCUGUUCCACAUGCGAGACUGCUUUCAAACUAGCCAAGCCUCCCAUGUUCAAGUCAAAGAAGAGGAAAAAGUCCAUACAGAAUGGAGGACCAUCAACAUCAUUACUGCAGUGAUACAGAAACAUUACUUUUGUAUGGAUUAUAGCAUUGUUACAGUUAAAGUGCCAGCAAACAGCAAGACAAAACAAAAUGUCAACAAUGUUACAAUGUGGUUACUAACACAUUUGCCAUGAAGGAGCUCAAAGCAUUUUGGUGGAAUAUAGUUAUGAAGCUACUAACAUAUUGUUUUAUUAACAGUGUAAAAAUAUGUUUAGUUUUCUUUAAUAGUUAACUUCAGAAUAAAGGAUUCAUAUCUGGAAAGUCAUAUACAUACUUAUGUUUUGAAUUCAAACAAAGCUCUGGCGUGUAUGGCCAGUGCAAAAUAUUACAUUCAAUAUCAAUAAACCAUAUACAUGUAUAUGUCUUGGUUAUGGUCAAUUUCUUGUCUGGAUGCAUGUUGUAAAAUAGCAUUGAAACAGUAGAGAG